AUGAACGAGAAACUCAAUAAAUGGAUUUUCAUCCCAAUUUUAGCCAUUCUUUUUGUCAUGAUUGGGUAUCAAUAUAUUUGCCCGGCAGGCAGUCAAUCUUGUCAUUUUAGGACUGGCGACAAACUCGUGGGGAUUGGUCCACUGUCCACUCCGUACCCGACCACCGAUGCCCUGGACCGGGACCAGGAUCCGGAGGAAGACAGUCCUCCUAAAUAUAUGUCCAAAUUCAACUUCACAGAGCGAGAUUUGACACGCGACGUUGAUUUCAACAUAAAAGGAGAUGAUGUGAUUGUGUUUCUGCAUAUCCAAAAGACAGGAGGGACCACUUUUGGAAGACACCUAGUCAGGAAUAUCCGUUUAGAACAGCCUUGCGAGUGCAAACCGGGACAGAAGAAAUGCACGUGCCACCGGCCCGGUAAACAGGAGUCCUGGCUCUUCUCGAGGUUUUCCACUGGCUGGAGCUGCGGUUUGCACGCAGAUUGGACUGAACUGACCAACUGUGUGCCUGUGAUUAUGGACAAAAAGCAAUCUCCAAAGCGAAGGAGGAACUUCUACUACAUCACCAUGCUACGAGACCCUGUAUCACGUUACCUGAGUGAAUGGAAGCACGUGCAGCGUGGUGCUACCUGGAAGACUUCCCUUCACAUGUGUGACGGACGCUCACCCACACAGGACGAGUUGCCCACCUGCUAUAGUGGAGAUGACUGGUCGGGGGUCACUCUGCACGAGUUCAUGGACUGCCCUUCCAACCUGGCCAACAACCGGCAGGUGCGUAUGCUGGCCGAUCUCAGUCUGGUGGGCUGCUACAACCUCUCCACCAUGAAUGAGAGCGAACGUAACCCUAUUCUCCUAGCUAGCGCCAUGAGCAACCUGAAGAACAUGGCCUUUUAUGGCCUGACUGAAUUCCAGCGCAAGACACAGUUCCUGUUUGAGCGUACCUUUCGUCUGCAAUUUAUUUCCGCCUUCACGCAGCUCAACAGUACGCGCGCCGCCAAUGUGGAGCUGCGCGACGACAUGCGGCAUCACAUAGAACAACUGAAUUUUCUGGAUAUGCAGUUGUAUGACUUUGCCAAGGACUUGUUCGUGCAGAGAUACCAGUUCAUACGGCAGCGUGAGCGGCAGGAAGAGAGAUUGAAGAGGAGGGAGGAGCGGCGCUGGCUCAGGAAGCGGCGAGUUAACCAGAGCAAGCAACCAAGUGAGGAAACCCAACCUCAGGUCACCACAACUGAGGACUAUGCAAGCCAAGUGGUCCGUUGGUGAUACCUCUUGGAAACAGGCACAAUGACACAGAGAACA